GAAUUCUUGAAUGCCCCUUAAAACCUCCCCCGCCAUGGACAGACAAAAUAGUCGAUAGCAGAACUUAUCUCGUUUUGUGGAAGAAAAACGGCACGAUUUCGUAGCGAGGACGCUUUCGACUAAGUUUAAAAUGAUCAGACGCGAUUUCAUAAGAAGAAUCAAAAUGUUUGGAUUUGCACCUCGUGGAAAUCUCAGUAAGUUUUGGACAUGGAAUCCUCGAUGGAUAGACAGCUCAUCAUACCCAACACGCAUUCAACCGUUCUCGUCGUUGGCGAUUCCAUCCAAACAGACGUCGUCCAACAGGCUCCCGUGCAUCAAACCGAUCAACUGGGCUGGCUGGCGUCUCUGCCACUCAGACAAAAGCGACACCAAAGAAGCUUUCAGUUUGAAGGCCAUGAGUCAAGCUCCCAAACCAGCGCUGUACCUCGGUUUGUCUGGGCUCAUCCCAUUUGUGAGCGCCCCUGUCGUCAUGGCGACCACUCAGUCCUUCUACCCAGAAGUAGCAUAUGCUCAAAUGCUGUACGGCGCUUGUAUCGUAUCCUUCCUCGGAGGUGCUCGCUGGGGCUUUGCCAUUCCUGACGGGAGUCCCGCUCAACCCGACUGGAUGAACUUGGGCAACAGCGUCGUUCCGUCACUUCUGGCCUGGCUGGCUUUGCUGUGCAGGGACAAUCUCGUCGAGGGCGUCACGGUGGUCGUUGCGGGACUGGGACUGUCUUUACACUACGACCUGACCCUGCUACCUGGAUACCCAGCCUGGUUCAAAGCUAUGAGAACUUUCCUUACUCUGGUUGCUACCUUCUCACUGGUGGCAACACUGAUCUUGAAGAAUAUCUGCGCUGAGAAGAAGCUAAAGACGUUGACCGAUAAAAAGUCUUAAAUGUACAGCAGUUGGAGUGUGUAUCGGAACGUUUGAAACACUGCUAAAGAAGUUAUUUUCAGAAUGCACAGACUGACCAUCACUGGCAAUACAAGUUUAUUUCAUUA